AUGGACAGCUCCCCCAGCCUCCCCCUCCCGCGGCCGCCCGCCGCCCAUCCGCCACCGCUCCCGCCGCAGGUCUUCCUCCGAUGCCCCUCGCCGCUCCCGCGGCCCCCGCCGGGCGCCGUCCCCGCGCCAGCUCGCGUCCACUACUUCCGCACCCCGUCGCCCAUCCCCGUCUACUCCCCGCGGAUCCCCGGGCCCCGCUACGUCGCCGCCAGGCCCCCGACGCCGCCCUCACCUGCUGCCGCCGGGCCGCCCCUUCCAGCUCACGCGGCCUCCCCCGCGCAGCUGGCCCCUCGACCACCGCCGCCGUCACCACAUGAGGCCGCCACGGCGCCGCCUCCGCCGCCGAGGAGGGGCAGGCCGCCCAAGUCCAAGGCGCCGCCGGAGAAUGAGCAGAAAAAUCGAAGGGAAAAUGCCCAUUUUGAAGUCAUCAAGGGAGAGACUGAACAAAAACCUCAUAAGGAGAGUACCACUGGACCAACAAAAGGUAUCAAGCGACUAAAAACAUUAAAGGGUUCAUCACAUAGUCAUGGAGCAACUAAAGGAUAUGCCGGGACUUCUUUGCAUUCGGCAAGCAGCUGCCGCUAUGACAAUUCGCUAGGUCUGCUGACGAAGAAAUUCAUCCACCUGCUUAGAAUAGCAGAAGAUGGAAACCUUGAUUUAAAUAAAGCAGCCGAGACAUUGAAGGUGCAAAAGAGGAGGAUAUAUGAUAUAACAAAUGUCCUAGAAGGCAUAGAUUUAAUUGAAAAGGGCCCGAGGAAUAUGAUUCGUUGGAAGGGAUUUGGAAUGUUACUACCUAAGGAGAUGGAGCGCCGAACUUCAGCAUUGAAGAAAGAAAUUGAGUCAUCAUACAAGGAAGAUUGCAGGUUGGAUGAGGAAAUACUGGAAGUGCAAGAGAAAAUGCAUGCCCUCAAAGUAGAUAAGGACAAAAAAAAGUUGUUGCAUCUUUCGAAGAAAGAUAUUUGUAAGAUCCCUCACUUUCAGGGAUCCACUCUUAUUGCAAUAAAUGCUCCUCAUGGAACAUGUGUUGAAGUUCCGGAUCCUAAUGCGGAUAUGGACAUCUGCAAGGACCUGGAAUCUCAAGAAAAGCAUUACCAGGUUCUCUUGAGAAGUUCGAUGGGUCCCAUCGACUGCUAUUUAAUAAGUGACCAUCUGGAGGUAUCCAACCCAGAGCAGAUGGCACCGGAUGGUUCAGAUUCCACGUUCGCUACUGGAAGUUCUCAAGCUCCGCAGCAGGUGGAUUCUCAUCCAAGUCAAGCUCCUGAAAAGGGAGAGAGCAACAUUGACCGCCAACAUUCAUCGGAACCAUCCAGAACGCAUGAAUUAAUGUCCGGCAUUCUAAAAAUCAUACCACCAGAGACUGAUAUUGAUGCAGACUACUGGCUUGCUUCUGAUGCCGAUGCUACUAUAACUGAUACAUGGUGCGGUUAGUUGACAGACCAUCGACACUUGGUCCGCCUCUUACGUAGAGAAGUAACAAUGACUCCGCAAUGCACAUUGGCGUUGAUGGAGGAACUGGAGCUUGGAUCAGCAGGCCACCUGGACGGUGCAAGCUCUGUUCCAGACUUCUGGUUGAUUGGUGAAAGCAAAAGAGAAUACAGUGUAGGAAGUAGGUCUUGUACAUUAGCAGGAUUAUUUCAUUUUAGCUGGUACCUCUUCUGGUACAUCCAUACCUUUCUCUUUAGGCUCAGAAACCCCGCAAUAGGUAGGUUUGAGCCUUUCUUUAUACUGGCGUUUGUUUAGAGGGGCUGUGUCUGUAUACCAAGUUAGAAAGGCAACACAGUCCAGAAGAAGGCCUACUACACCGGUCAGUGUAUGUUACCAUCUUAGCUGGUCAUCUCCCCUA